AUGUCGACUACAGUCCACGUGCAAGGGAUAUCCUCCCAGACAAGCGAGAAAGAAGUCAGAGACUUUUUCAGCUUCUGUGGAAAGAUCACGUCCCUCUCGGUGACCCCAUCUUCGGACGCUGCUGAUGCACCCAAAUCCGCAACUGUGACCUUCGAGAAGGAGACCGCUGCCAAAACUGCUCUCCUCCUAGACAACACCCAACUUGGCCCUUCCCAAGUCCAUGUUAGCUCGGCUUCUAGCAUUGAUGACAUCGCUUCCAAAGCGCCUCAGUCUCCUACCACGGGGAAAGACGGCGAUGGCCAUGACAUCGCGCAAGAAGACAAACCUCGUUCCCGCAUCAUUGCAGAGUAUCUAGCUCAUGGCUACACAAUCUCUGACUCGGCUAUCCACAAGGCGAUUGCUCUUGACAACAAGCAUGGAAUUAGCGCCCGGUUCACAAAUGCCCUUACUCAGUUCGACCAGAAGUACAAGGCGACUGAUAAGGCUAAGAGUGUUGAUGCUUCGUAUGGCGUCACAGAUAGAGCUUUGCAGGGCUGGCGUGGAUUGAGCUCUUACUUUGAGAAGGCUCUAGACACCCCAACUGGCCAGAGAGUUCGAUCUUUCUACGUACAAGGUGACAAGCAGGUUCGGGAUAUCCACGCCGAGGCUAGGAGACUAGCGAAUCUCAAAGCUGGCAAGAAUGAGCCCGAGACUGUUGCAGGUACCGACAAGACUGUCUGCAACUGUGGUGCAGACACUGGAGAGUGUCCGUGUGAGCCAGAAAAGUGUGCCUGCGCCAAUUGUGGCAAGGCCAGCAAGUCAGCACAGGAGGAGGUCGAGAAGGCCUUAGGUGGUGUCAAUCCUUCUGCUACCAAAAGUGGUUGA